GCGGCGGGCGGAGCGUCCCGGGAGUGGCGGCGCGGGCAGCCCCGGCAGCCCCGGCCCUUCUCCGUCGCGGCUCCGCCGGCGGCCCUGCCGGCUCUCCCGGCGCCAUGUGCGAACCCAGCAAGCAGGACAUCGUCGCCAUCUUCAAGCGGCUCCGCUCCGUGCCCACCAACAAGGUGUGUUUUGACUGUGGAGCAAAGAACCCCAGCUGGGCAAGCAUUACCUAUGGAGUGUUUCUGUGUAUCGAUUGCUCAGGGACCCACCGGUCCCUUGGCGUUCACUUGAGUUUCAUUCGGUCAACAGAACUGGAUUCCAAUUGGUCCUGGUUCCAGCUGAGAUGCAUGCAGGUUGGAGGAAAUGCAAAUGCUUCUGCUUUUUUCCACCAACAUGGGUGCACAACCAGCGACACCAAUGCCAAGUACAACAGUCGUGCUGCUCAGCUCUACAAGGAGAAGAUCAAAUCUCUUGCAACACAGGCCACGAGAAAGCAUGGGACUGAUCUGUGGACAGAUGGGUGUGCAAUACCACCAGCAUCACCUCAGAACAAAGAGGAGGAAGAUUUUUUUGCAUCCCAUGUUUCUACCAAGGCAAGAGAUACAGAGUGGAUGUUACCAGACUCAGUUUCUCUCCAGCAGAAAACUUCAGAAAACAUUGCAGAAUCCUGUGAAGGAUCAGAACAUGGACCAAGUGUUGAUGGCCUUAGCACAUCCCCACAGCCUGCAUUAGAGACCACCUUCAUAAAAAAGAAGCCGAAUCAAGCUAAGAAAGGGCUUGGUUCUAAAAGAGGUGGUUUGGGAGCCCAAAAAGUGAGCAGCCAAAGCUUUAAUGAGAUUGAAAAAAAAGCACAAGCUGUAGAUAAAAUGAAGGAACAAGAUCUUCACAGUUGUAAGAAGACUGAGAAGGAAGAGCCACUUGUAUCAUCUUUAAGGUUGGCCUACAGAGAUCUUGAUAUUAAAGCAAAAGAGGAAACCUUAAACCUCUCUGGUAAGAAGAAAACAGAACUGGAGAGGCUUGGCAUGGGAUUGGGCAGCAAUAGGAGUGGCGUUUCUCACUCAGUCGCCUCAGAGAUGCAAACAAUCGAGCAGGAAACACCUACAAUUGCAAAGCCAAAGAAGAAGUACAUGGAUGAUGUGGAAGACUCUUACUUCUCUUCUAGCUCAAGGUACUUUGAUUCUUCAGAUCUGAGGAGCAGCACUUUCUCUAAAUGGGAUGACAAUUCCGAUGCUUUUUGGAAGAAAGAAAAUAAUAAUAAAGACAUUGAUAUAUUGUUAACUUCAAAAAGCACAGGAUUUUCAGACAGGCCUGCAUCCCGGCGUAAGCCUGAAUAUGAACCUUCUGCAAACACAGAUGAGGCACAGAAAAAAUUUGGCAAUGUCAAAGCCAUUUCAUCAGACAUGUACUUUGGAAGGCAAGAUCAGGCUGAUUAUGAAGCAAGGGCUCGGCUAGAAAGGCUUUCUGGAAGCACAUCCAUAAGUUCAGCUGACUUGUUUGAAGACCAGAGGAAACAAUCAACAGGAAGCUACAAUAUUACCAAUGUCUUAUCUUCAGCUCCUGAUAUAGCUCAGUUUAAACAAGGAGUGAAAUCUGUGGCGGGAAAACUUUCUGUCCUUGCUAAUGGGGUCAUGACAUCUAUACAGGACCGAUAUGGUUCCUAACUGAAGCUAAAGGAGGAUUCCUCUUCAGGCACACAAGUAAUCACUCUGCUGAUUCAAAUGAAGGUUGCCUUAAGACUGAUGAUGUUUCUUAGUGCAGAUUUCUGACUCAGCCUCUUCUUAGUGCUGCUUCAUCUUAACAGAGCAGACAUCUUGCAGCAACUUGUUACAUUGCAUAUACUUUUUCUUUUUUGUUCCUUUCCAGUCUUUAUUUCUUAACAGCCUUAUUGUUAGAUAAGCUGGGAGCUUUAUUUUAUUAUUGGCUCUGUGAGGCAGGAAGGAGAAAGGAGGUGGUGGUGUUUAGUAGACUGUAGCAAAAUAAAACAUUUAAUUUAAACCUGUGUUGCCAGGAGGUAAAAGCUCUUGAAGUCAUAAAUUGAUGUGCAUUGAAAUGGUGGGAAAUUAGUGUUUAAUACAGUAUUCCAGCUAGAAGGUUCUGUGCUUAGAUGUGAAAUGUGGAGAAGUCAAAAUGUGGUAAUGCUGAAUAGUGGAUUUCACCUUGUGGUGCGAACAGUCUAUUUAUUCCUAGUUUUGAAAGUUACAAAAAAUUUGCAAUAUAGAAUCCUUAAGUGCUUUUAAAAAUUCUGUAUUGUUUAAAAAUUGAAAAAAAAAAUUUGAAAUAUACUAAGGGCCUAAUAGAGUAGCUAAUUAAAUACUUAUUAACAUGUUUAGCACAGUCUUAGAUUUUUGAUAAAUUAUCAAUUAUUCAAUAAGGAAAUAGGGGGCUGUGUUUUAGACAGUCUGGAAUUUAUUGCUGAUGACAUCCUGCAUAAAAAUGAUUAUGACCUUAAAGAAAAAACUUUUCAACCAAGAAUGAAUUCAUGUUAAUUCUGUUCUGUAAUUUUCUUAAUUCAGAUUUGUAAACUGCUGAUAUCUAAUAAAAAACAAUUGAUAUAAACUCAGAUUUGAAUUCAAUUUCUAUGUGUGGCCAUCAGUAUCCAGCUUUCUAAACACUGUCAUCUGUAUUUUGUCUCUACAGUGGUCUGGUAAAAUCAGCCUUUGGUUUCAGGUAGUCAAACUUGCUUUCUUAUUAAAUUGCUGUAGUGAUUUAAAAAUCUAAACACUUAAGUUGGGGUAGAAAAUAAACUACUGAACUGAGAUUCUGUGUUAAAUACAGUUAACAGUGUAGCUGUAUUUAGGAUUUAAUUUCUACCUGCCUCUUGCUGCCACAUUUCUCUUCACAGAGAAAAGCAAGGCACAAUUCUUCCCAAUAAUAUUUCUGGGUUUCACAUUCUCUGAACAUCAGAGAAAGAAAACACAAU